GUCACUUUACUGUCAGUCGUGCUUUCAAUAUGUUGGAUUGACUUUAACGGUAACAAAUAAACUUAAAGUGGGGAAUUAUUUCAAAAGACAGACCAAUUAGUGCGGUUUGAGGAGGAAGUUGAGGGUGUGUAAUGGGUUAACGUCGGCAGGCCUCUCCUCUCACCUUUAGUGCGCGUCACCCGGCUCCGUAAAGUGGUCCCACCAUCGACACCGAAGGGGCGAAACACCGCCGCCAGACGCGCACCUCUCCUCGGUCUGACUCGCAUCAUCCCGGUCUCCUCCCCGCUGCUCCAUCACCGCACGCGAACCACAAAACACCGGGCACUGAAGGAAUAAGUGUGAUUUACCGCAAACAUGAAGGACCGCAUGCAAGAACUGAAACAUGGGAAGGAGACGACAGAGGAGGAGGAUGAAGUCGCUGUGGGGAUGGACAAAGGCUUUAUGGAUGAAUUCUUUGAACAGGUGGAGGAGAUCCGGGGUUUUAUUGAGUCUCUGGCAGAGAAAGUUGAGGAGGUGAAGAGGAAUCACAGCGCCAUCCUCGCUUCACCCAACCCAGAUGAGAAAACCAAGGCGGAGCUGGAGGAUCUCAUGGCAGACAUCAAGAAGUUGGCCAACAAAAUACGCUCCAAAUUAAAGAGUAUCCAACAAUCCAUUGAGCAAGAAGAAAGUCAGAACAAGUCAUCAGCUGACCUGAGGAUACGCAAGACGCAGCACUCCACACUGUCUCGUAAGUUUGUCGAGGUGAUGUCAGAGUACAACACCACCCAGUCGGAUUACAGGGAGCGCUGCAAGGGACGCAUUCAGAGACAGCUGGAGAUCACUGGGAGAAACACAACAAACGAGGAGCUGGAGAGCAUGUUGGAGAGUGACAACCCGGCUAUCUUCACCUCCGGGAUCAUUAUGGACAAUAUCACAGAGCAAGCUAUGAAUGAGAUUGAGACACGGCACACUGAGAUCAUCAAGCUGGAAAACAGCAUCAGAGAGCUUCACGACAUGUUCAUGGACAUGGCCAUGCUGGUGGAGAGCCAGGGUGAACUGGUGAACAACAUCGAGCGAAGUGUGCUGGGCGCUCAUGAAUAUGUGCAGCAGGCAAAGGACAACAUCCCAAAAUGCAAAAAGUUCAAAAAGACAGGCAAACGGAAGGUGAUGCUGAUAGCGGGUUGUAUUGCAGCAGGUGUGAUCGUCCUCAUUAUUUGCCUCGCAGUUGGACUCAGUUAGGACCCCUAGAAAUCCAGAGCAGACAGAGCGGAGUCGAUGCCUUCCUCUCAGUGUGAAAUGUAGAAAGUGAGCUCUGUCUUGCGCAGUCAGUUACUGCUAACUGCUAAAGACAGUCGAAUAGUGUGUAAUCAAACAUUUUACAUUUUAUUUCACAUAAAGUUUUUAUAUAUAUACUUUUUCAAAUACCUUGAGGAACUUUCUUGUGCUUUGUGUCUGCUUGUGUCAUGAUUCACGUACUUUUGUCAUGUGCAUGUUCUGCAUCCUGUGUUACAUGUUUUGUUAUACAUACACAACUCUGCAGAGGUGUGAUUUUAUUAAUUGAUCAUUUAAAAAAUGGUCUUGAAAUAAGAGCUAAAUAUAUUUUUCAGUGACCAAAUGUUUCCCUUUAUAAAGCAUUAAGCAAAUAUUUCUACUGUUUGGCAAAUACACUAAUUUGCAUUUAGGUGAGAGGAUUGGUUAAGAUGAUGUGUAAAAACAAGUUGCAUAACGUGUUCUUAGCAUAGAGCAGUGACUUCUGAUGUUAUUCACUUAUUAAAAAAGUUUCACGUUUUUGGGAAAGCUUGAAACAUAUAAAAUAUUUAUGGUUUACUUUUUUUAAAGCUGUUUGCAGUACCACGAGUACCCAUCGCACAGAUUGGCAACUCGGCUGAUUGGCAUAAAAGUAUUUAUUUUGACAUUUACUUUUGGAAUUCAAAUUAACUGAACUUUAUCAAUGAGCUUAAAGACGUGCUCAUAUGUGUGUGUUUUUUUACCUUUGGACAUAGCCACACACUUUUCCCCUUUAUUAUUUAAAUUAAGCUAAGCUGACCGGAUGCUGGCUUCAGCUACUCGUUUACAAUAGUGUGGUAUCAAUCCUCUCAUAUAACUUUUUUUCAUGCUCAAAGAAAAAAUUGACAAUCUUGGUAAAAAUCGAGCCGGUGUAUAAGACUGCUGUAAGCCUUUUUCUUGAUGUAGUUCCACACAUAUUAUACAAAUAGUGGCUUUAAAUAUGAAAAAGAUUCACAUUUGUGGAUUGUGUAAAUACAUGUUGUUAAAUUAUUUAUGUUUUUUAAAGUAGAUGAUGUGGAAAUACUUCUUAACCAAAACAUCAUCAGAUACAUUAAAAAAAAGUAUUUAUCCAAAUCUGAAUUUUGUCUUAAUUAAUAAAACAUCUUGUAACAUGUGUUAAAAUAAAAUACAAAUCAUAUAUCUAACAUGUUUUCCUCUGCUCCCCAUUUUGCUGCCAUGGAUGACUGUUUUUCUGAUCUCGUUUACACUUUACAGAAGAAAAUUAUGAUUAUUAUAUGCUGUGUGAUUUUGGGAGUUGUCAUUGCCUCUAUUGUUGGGGGAACGCUGGCUUAAACCUCAACCACAGUCACACAAAGACACACAACCGCACACACAACAGAGCAAAAACACAACCGAUACACAUUUUCUGUUUCCUGUUUUCAUAAAUGCAAAGUUAAAACAUGUUUAGCGCAAGGUGCUUUACAUACUGACACAUUCUGCGCACGGCGUACAGGGCCAGAUGUGUUUUCGCAUGAGUUGCUACUUUGUAAAUGUGUGGUGCUGCUAACGGUUUAUCUGAGUGUUGAAUGUUGUCAACAAUAUAAUGAUGUUUCCAAAAGUAAAUUAUUGAAUGAAAAGUUACUUAGCGACUUGUAACACUAUACUAAUACAUUCCAACUUCCAAAUAUGACAGUUAUUCAGAUGUAAAGUAUAUUUUGUGUUGUACAGGCAAAAAGAUGGGCCACUAAUCUGCAGUGUUUUCAGAGCCACGUUAUCUAUAGAUACAUAUUUAUUUUUAUUUUACUCUCUGUCUCUGAUGUCCUCUACCUCCCUUCAAAAGCUCUGCAUGGUUUAGUUCACUGUAAAGUAGUGUUUAUUUUCUAUUGCAAAGGGGACGACGUGUUGGAUAUUUUGCUUGUAGAAUUGUCACACUGCCAAGUAUCUUUUGUCGUUUGUGAAGGUAAUGUUAACUUCACUCAUCUGGCCUAACCAGUUGUGUUACGACAUGCUCUAUUUUUGUGUGUGAGUGUGUGCAUUGGAAAGAGGAUAUGUUCAUUCUAUUGCAAAGGGGACGACGUGUUGGAUAUUUUGCUUGUAGAAUUGUCACACUGCCAAGUAUCUUUUGUCAUUUAUGAAAGUAAUGUUAACUUCACUCAUCUGGCCUAACCAGUUGUGUUACGACAUGCUCUAUUUUUGUGUGUGAGUGUGUGCAUUGGAAAGAGGAUAUGUUCAUUUGUAGUUUCAUGUUUGAAAGUACUGAGUGUGAGUCGUGGGAUGAGAACAUGAGCGUUUGAUAUUAACCACCUGUGUCUUUGUUUUGUAUAAAGUGUAAACAGACUCUCUAACACUGCCAGUAUGUUCAAAUAAACUGUUCAAAGUCUAGUCUGAUAUGGAUUGGUAAUUCUGUUCUGUAAGUGGCAAACCCUUGUUGUUUUAUGUAUUUUUAUAAACCACGAGCUUUAAACAGAACAUAUCCUUCUGUCAAGCUACUUUAUUUUUAUGAGUGAACAUGGUGCGUCAGUGAAAGCAUGAACUUAAAGUAGCCCUGUUAAAGACUCUCAUGACAAGCACAGACUGUACCCAUGUGACCAUGUUGCCUACUCAACGUGUUGCCUUUGUGUGGUAUUGUAAUGACAUCGUUUUGUUUGUUUAAUAUGAGUUUCUUUUUUAUUUUCAAGUAAAGUUUGUCUGAAAAAUCCCAUACAGAGUUUGUGCAUUGAUUUUACAAAUACAUGAUGUUUAGGUGUUUAAAAUGGAAAUUAUUGUAUUUUUAAAAACCGUUUCAUAACUGUGGCAUUUCUGAUAAGUCAUAAGUCGCGGUUUCAGAUUUAUGAAGAAAUGUUUCAUAGUUUACAUGUUAGCUGUUGUGUUUAUCUGGGUGUAAACUGUAAUGUGUGGACGUUUGGUGGGCCUGUAAGUAUAGAUUAAAUAAUCAUCAUGAUCAGA